AGAGAGAGAGGGAGAGAGAGAGAGAGAGAGAAGAGGAAGGGAGCAUAUUUGUCCCCAUCACUGGUCACAAGUGAUCUGUGUUAAUGUCAGUUACUGUUCUCAAGUCCAGCUAUAGACGAGCCAGAUUUUCGGAGUUAUAGUCCCUGUUCUUCUGGGAUUAAAUGGUGGAUUAACUGACUACCACUUGCUUUCUGUGCCGUCCUCGAAGACAUCUUGACUGUGGUGGUGACAGUAGUUGUAAUUCUGUGCACCAGAGUGUUUAGGCAGAAACAUGGACUGUACCCAGUCAGCUGAAGACAGGAAGAAAGAGGACAAGAAGUAAACAGGACAUAGUUUUACACUAAAUUUAGACAAGCUUAUGGAUCCAUUAUUGAAUAGCUUGAGUAAGAAGAGAUGGAUCUCAAUGAGUGUGAUGAAGUGACCAAUAACACAGAAGACAUGGACACCCUGAAUAGGAACAUUCCUGAUCAUGGACGCCAGACCCAUCAGGAGCUACAGGGUACUCCACUGGACCUGAUUGAGACAGGCAAAACCGUCAAAGUCCAAGCAGAGCGUCCCCAUCUGGUCAGUUUGGGAAGUGGACGUCUGAGCACGGCCAUCACACUGUUACCCAUACCAGAAGGGAAAACUACUCUUGGCCAUGGAAACACUGACAUCAAUAUCCAGGGUCAAGGAGUGGCUGCCCUGCACUGUUACAUUGAAAACCAGGCAGGAACCAUCACCCUCUUUCCCUGUGGGAAUCCAUGCUCCAUGGAUGGCUUGGCAGUCACAAAGCCUGUACGACUGUCUCAAGGGUGCAUGCUUUGUUUUGGCCAGUCUGCCUUUUUUCGCUUCAACCACCCAGAGGAGGCUCUCAGGAUGAAGAGUAUGAUGCCAGAAGGAAAUGCUGGGCUCAGCAGCACCUACAGAGGACAUUCAGAGCCCCAUGGUCUGCUCAAUGGAAACCACCAGCCUGUACCUCAUGAGAGGGUUCGUCCAGGCCAUGGUCCUCUGGCUGGCUCUAUAGAGAAGGACCUUCAGGACAUCAUGGACUCUUUAACCAUGAAUGACUCUCAGGUGUCCUCAACUGAGAUCGGAAAACACCCUGAGCACUCCAUCCCACAAUUGCCUCUUUCUCCCAUGUUCAAUGGAGGGGGUCGUUAUCUCCUCUCCUCUCCAGCUAGCCCUGGAGCCAUGUCUGUGGGAUCUAGCUAUGAAAACACCACUCCUCCUUUCUCUCCUAUUUCAUCUCCCUCAACCGCCAGCAGUCCUGGCACUCGUAUGGUCCCUGCUAACUCUUCUCUACCUUCACAUUCAGGUUCCCACCAUCAAACAGUCCAGCCCCCAAUUCCCCAGCCACGGCAAUCAACAGCUCGGAUUGGCAGUAACAAUGGGGGGCGAAAGGUACAGGAAAGUCCUAGGCUUCCCAGAAAAGCCUUGACAGAAACGCAACCAAGUCCUAUAGCCAGUUGCCAAGGUCAAAACCAGGACAUUCAGAUCAGAGGAGGUUCAGAAGGCCCACAUUCAGUCCUUGGUUUCGCUGGAGAUGCAGGCAGGGACAACAGGACCAUGACUUCCAGCUCCUCUGCUUCCUCAAGUCCUAGAUCCAGUGCGGGCUCAACUUUCCAGGAGACUCCCUCACCUGAUGUUGGAAUUCAGUCCAUCCAGCUAAACUCACGCUCACUCAUUCCUUCAGAGUGUCCUCAGUCCACCCGUCGAGUACUAGAACCAUCCAACGGCACACUGGUCCGAGAACGUCCCCCUCCCAGCCCCUCUACUCCACGUCGUGGGCUGCAGGGAGUACCGGUCCUACCUGGAGCCCUACCUGGGGUAUCCCUUACAACUCGGAGCCAGACAGGAAAGGGUGUACCAGAGAGCCCUCGGCAGCACAGACAAGUCACACUGCGGGAAGACGGCAUGGGAUCAAGGGGACUACGGGCCAGAAGCCCUUCUCCUGUGUCUGCUGUCCUUAAGGACCACACUAAUAGCAGUGGGAGACAAAAAGGGAGUGCUGGAGUUAAUCAAAUCCCAGGUUUGAGUACCCAGGUUGGAGUUUCUCCCCUUACCAGCCCCCGUAGUCAGAGGAAGAACCCCAGAGAACCAUGGACUCUCCAACCCAGGGCACGGGAACGUAAGAACAGCAUUUCAGAAAUCAAUGACAAUGAGGAUGAGCUGCUGGAGUACCAUCGCUGGCAGCGGGAUGAGAGGAUAAAAGAGCAAGAAAUGGAGCGACUGGAAAGACAGAGGCUAGAGACCAUUCUGAGCCUGUGUGCUGAGUAUAAUAAAGGGGACCCUGUGGUAGACAUGGAGACGGGGAGGAUAGGUCAGUUCCCUGGGACAGAGGACCAGCGGCCUGGCCCCGACUUGGUGGGUGUGGCAGUCCAGCGCUCACACGCUCACACACAUAGACCCGGAGAGUGUGAUGACGAGAAUCUGAAAGAGGAGUGUAGCAGCACUGAGAGCCAGCACCAGGAGCAUGAAGACACUGCGGGAAUGGGGCAGCACGAGCUGGGUUAUCUAGUGGAGGAGAGGGUCAGGAUUUUGGCUCGAGUAGAGGAGUUAAAAGCUCGGGUCACUGAGCUGGAGCAGCAGCUACAGGAUUCCAGACAAGAGGCUGAGAUGGAGCGGGCAUUGCUGCAGGGGGAGAGGAGAGCCGAGUUAGACCAAGUGGAGGCAGAGUUAGAGAUUAUCAAUCAGAUCCAGUUCAAACUGAGCGAAGUGGAGAAAAAUAUUCAGAGAGAGAAAGAAAAGGGGAGGGCUAACGUCUCAGCCGAGCGUGACGUCCUGGCCAGGUUGAGGGAUGGGUACAGUGAGCUGAAGAGCCAGCUUCACAAAUGCCCCGAGUCUCUGAGGGAGCACUUACAGGAACAGCUUGGCAGGAAGGCCGAGGCUCUGGAGUCUGGCUCAAAGCGCUUUGAGGACCUGGAGUUCCGCCAGUUGGAACGCGAGAGCAGUCUGGAGGAGGAGAAGGAGACAGUCAGCCGGCAGCUGCUCCGGGAGAAAGCAGAGUACCAACGCAGCGUGGCCAAGAGAAAGGAGAAAAUGGCUGCCCUUGAGAUGCAGGCCAACCAGCUAGGCGUGCAGGCAGCUCAAGAUUGUGAGAGGAUGGCUAAAGACCGAACCAUGGCCCUGCAAAUGCUACACAAGGAGAAGGAGAGACUGGCUACCCUGGAAAGGAGAUACAUAAGUUUGACUGGAGGGAAGACUUUCCCCAGUUCCUCUAACAGCAUGCAGGAGGACGUUCUACAUAUCAGCGAAUCAGACCUUUCCAAUGAAGUCCUUAUCCAGCAUCCCCAACUUCCUGCUCCCUGCAUCCAAAGCUCCACCUCUCACUCUUGCCCCAUCAGGCCUCAGGAGGAGUACCUCAGACUUUCUGAUGUAUUUAAGAUGUACGGUAGUGGUUGUGUCCCAUCUCAAGCCACCUCUUUUGCCCCUACCACUUCCUGCCUUUCUCUUGCUGUAACACCAGAUACCCCUCGCGAGGAGUAUGUGACAGUUAGUCAGUUGAACCAGCUCUUUGGGAUGCACAAGGUUGAACCAUCCACGACGGCUCCUGUUCAAUCAUUCCAAGCUAUAGUAGCUGACCCUGGCCUCUCUAGCCACAUGUCACAAUGUGACCCUGCCCAGUCUCUUUCUGCUGAGGCUGAGAGGAACAAGUCUCUGGUGUCCAGGCUGGAUUUAGAGUGCUGGUACCAGGACAUCAUGGCAAUUGGGGAUACUAGCCAUGCUUGUCCUCCCCCUCUUCCAGCUAAGUCUUUCUCUACACGCAGACCCAUGCAGAUACACAUGUGUAAGCAGGAUGGAGCAAAUGGGACGUCCACACAACCCAACGCUGGAAUUGCAGGCAGAAACACGCCAACCAAGAGCCUGCCAGACCUGUCAACCCCUCAUCUGGAUUCAGAUUCCAAGAAACUUGCUCUUGAGGGCAAAGGGCUCCAAACAUGUGACGACUCCAGAUAUCUCAGCACUGAACUGAAACCAAGGCACGAAAUGGACCUGCAAUGCCACUGGGGGGUGCCACAGGGCUCUCAUUCCCAGUUAAUUGGCCCAUUCCCUGCUCCAGUGGCCCCACUGGUGCACCAUUCCAUCCUGCACCAUCAAGCACCCUCUGCAGGUGGCCCAGCUUACGACACACUCAGUCUGGAGAGCUCUGACAGCAUGGAGACCAGCAUAUCCACUGGAAACAAUUCCACCUGUUCACCGGAAAGUGGUAGCGGCCUGGCUGGGCUGAGGCUUGAGGAAAUGGAGAAGAUGCUGAAGGAGGCUCAACAGGAAAAAGCCAGACUGGUGGAGAGUCGUGAGAGGGAGGCACAGGCACGAAGGCAGCUGCUGGAGGAGGAGAGGAAGAGGCGAGAGGAGGUGGAGAGGAGGCUGCAGGAAGAGACUGCGCAUCGGCAGAGAUUAGUAGAUGAGGAGGUCAAGAUGAGAGAAAAGCAAAGCUCUCAGGCUCGUCCAAUGACCCGCUACUUACCCAUCAGAAAGGAGGAGUUUGACCUACGCUCCCAUGUGGAGUCAGCAGGUCACUGCAUAGACACCUGUCCCUACGUCACCGUCUCUGAGAAAAUGUGCAAAGGCCACCUGGUGAAGAUGGGUGGCAAAAUCAAAUCGUGGAAGAAGCGCUGGUUCGUCUUUGACCGUCUAAAGAGGACGUUCUCCUACUAUGUCGACAAGCAUGAGACCAAGUUGAAAGGGGUCAUCUACUUCCAGGCCAUCGAGGAAGUUUACUACGACCACCUACGCAGUGCCACUAAGAGUCCGAAUCCUUCCCUAACCUUCUGUGUGAAAACGCACGACCGGCUGUACUUCAUGGUGGCUCCAUCCCCAGAGGCCAUGCGAAUAUGGAUGGAUGUCAUAGUAACAGGCGCUGAGGGCUACACACAGUUUAUGACCUGAGGGAAAGCUGACUGAACACUUAGCCAUAAGCGUCGGCAGGACUUCUGUGGAGUUGUGUGGGAGGACCGAACUUUCCACUGAUAUUUGAACUUCAGGCAUGCUGCUUCAGCCCAAAAUGAUUGAUGUGUAUCAUUCAGAUCAGAAAGAUUUUGUAUGAAUGCAUACUAACCAGAAGAGGACAGGGUUCUGUUCUUGGUGCGCAGAUAACAAGGUGCUCAAAACAAGCCAGUCACCAAGAAAGACUAUAAUACAACUAGAUAUUUUUAAAUAUUCUAUUAUUUGUGUAAUGUGUAAUAUAUAUAUAUAUAUAUAUAUAUAUAUAUAUAUAUAUAUAUAUAUAUAUAUAUAUAUAUAAAACCACUUUGGGACUAUCCGUGGCAACAGUUCCAUGCAAUUACUUUGUUUUGCACACUUUUGGAUUAAUAAAAUAAAGGGAGGACAAAUUGUACUUUUUUAUGCCAAAUAUUUAAAACCAAUUAUGCUUUCUAAGGUCUAUUUAGAGGUUUAAAUGUGACAUCGAUACUUUCUAUUAAUAGUGUUAAUCUCUACUCAAACUAAUAAUAUUUCUUAUGAAUUUCAUGUACCAGGAAGUUGCAUCAGUGCCGUGUAACGCAAAAUACUGUCAAUUACCGAACCAUACUGGUAUAACAAAAAAGAUGCUAUGUAGGGUGUGUGUGGGGGUGGGGUUGGGGGGGAUUAUACUUCUUGUUGUAUUUCCAUUUUGAAAAAAUAAUGUCUGGUGGGGACCAUUUUUAUUUGAUCAAGUGUUUGUCAUUAUACCGUGAGACUUGCCAAAGGUGAACUUCAAAAGUCCGGCAUUUCAUUCUGUCAACACGUUCAGGUACAAUGAUGUGAUCCAUGUGAGUGUGCUGAUUGUGAUUGUGUGGCCGUAUGUGCCUUGCAAAAUGUUAUCUUCUUUCAGGGUUAAAAAAAAACCCAAAAACAAACAAAAUGCAGUAGUGCUUCACUAUUAUUUUAUACUGUUUUCUUAUUUAUUCAGGUUCAAAGCAUCCUGUAUUGCAAUUAUGUCGAAAUAUAAUAUUAUGCAUAUGAUAUGCAUUUUAUAUUAUGCUAUUACAUAAGCUCAGAGUAACCUCAUUAGUGUUCAUUUAUACAUGUGCUCAUCCAAUUUGAGCAAAACAGUAUAUACUAACAAAAAUUCCAGGGUGUAUAUACACAGUAUAGCCUAUACAUGUCACAUUUACACUUAUGAAUUGUAAUGACAGAGGUGUGUACCAGGCCUAAAUAAAACGUGUAACAAAG